UGCCGCAGCCAAACAAACAACAUUCCAAAGUGCGAAAUCUUAACGGGAGAGGAUUGUACACUGAAAAACUCGUACACUUCACACACACACACACACACACACAGUAACCGCUCUAUGGAUAAAAUCUUGCAUAUAAGCGCCAUUAUAAGUUAUUAAGUACAUGUACGCGUUGGUAAUAUCAUUAGAGCCCUAAAUAAGGAUGGCAGACUCCGACGCAGUGGUGAAGGGUAAACUCCACUACUAUGGAAGGGAACAGUACUACCAGGCCAUGCAAAACAUGUGCGUUACAGCAACUAAGAAGUUUGGUAAUGAUCCCGUCUAUCGCUUCUACUCAGCACUGUCUCACCUCCUUCAGGGCAGCACUCAAGAAGCCAUCAGGCAGCUGCAGCCUCUCCAGAAUGACCGAGAAGUUAUGCUGGGCACUCUCUUGGCCCUGAUCCAUGCACACCGCCACUGCCAGGUGGUGGACCGGGAGGCUGUGGCUCAACUGGAUGCCAAGCUCAAGGAGGAGAGGAAGAAAGCUUCAGAAGUGCCUCUCUACUAUGCUGGAAUGUUUCUGUUCUUGUCUGGGCGGCUGGACAAGGCAAGGGAAUAUGUGGAUCGAUUGUUGAAACUUGACCCAGAGAAUGAUGAAGGUCUGGUGCUGAAGGGCUGGGUGGAACUGGCUGCUGGGAAGGAGAGCCGGGCACGCAACCACAUGGAAUACUUUGAUGCUGUGUUGCAGAAAUUUCCUCGAUACAUGGAUGCUCUAUUUGGAAAAGCUAAGCUGUAUGAAAACCGAAGCAACUAUAAAGAAGCCAUGGAAACCUUGAAUCUUCUGGUGGUGGCUUAUCCAGGUUUCACAGCACCCCUUGUAGAGAAGGCUAAAGUGAACCUCUCAGAGCAAGACUGGGACCAGUGUCUUGAAUCAGCCAACAGGGUACUGAGUGCUGAUUCACACAACAUUGAGGCCAUCAAGUACCGCACACUGUAUGCUCUGUGUCGCAAGGGAAAUUAUGAAGAUGCAGCACAGAACCUUCGUAAUCUGUACAGUGAAAUGGACAGAAGUGAGCCUAAUAAUGCAGCGUUGUUCAUCCACAUGGCUCAACUUUUCUCUCGGCUGUGUGGAAGGAAUAGCCUUGUAUUGGAAGAGACCUUCAUGAUGGCCAGCAAGGCAGCCAAGGUGAACUCCAGCAGUGCCGAGUACUUAACAGAAGUGGGCUACCAGUGCCUCCUUCAAGGCCGCAAUAAAGAGGCUACAAGAUACUACAAAAAUGCCACUAAACUAGAUGAAUCUUCUGUCGCAGCACUGACAGGAAUCAUAUCUUGUCAACUUUUGGAAGGACAAGUGGACAUUGCUGAACAACAACUGGAGUUCUUGAAAGAGGUCCAAAGAAGUCUCGGCACCUCGCCUGACAUCCUCUACUUGUCAGCUGUGUUGGGACGCAUGAAGAACCAGCCAUCAGACGUCAUCUUAGCUCUCCUCCAAGAGGCCAUUGACAACCACUUCAAGAACCACCGAGGAAUGUCUUUUGGAGCCACCUACCUGGCUGCCCUCAACCCAGACUUCCUUCUCCUGAUUGUGAAUGAGUGCCUUAUCUAUGCUCCAAACCAGCCCAGUCCCACAGAGGGUUUGGGGCAGAAUGUGCCAGGAGUAGUGAAGCAAGCACUGCUGGUGCUGGAGACCAUCACCCGCGCCUGCCCUGCCCUGCUGGCUGCCCUCAUACUUUCUGCCCGCCUUAAGUUCAUCACAGGGGACAUCAAGGGAUCUGCUGCCUCCCUCCAGCACAUCCUGGACAACAUAGAUUCCACCAGUUCAGAAGCUCAUCUUUUAAUGGCUCAGAUUCAGCUGUACCAAGGGAAUUUCAAACAAGCACAGCAGAGUCUAGAAGUGGGCCUUUCCUACAACUUUGAGGUGAGGGAGCAACCCACCUAUCACCUUGUGAGGGCACGAGUGAUGAAGAAACAAGGCCAGUACCAAGAGGCAAUCAACACCCUGAAGGCUUGUCUCAACAUGACCAACACAAGACCCACCACCACAAAAGGCAGCCGCAACAAGCCAGACAUGGCCGUCCCAGACCGAGCCUCAGUGUUCCUGGAGCUGUGUGAGGUGUACCGUCUCAAUAAUCAACCCAAUGAGGCAGCCACCAUCAUGACUCAAGCCAUGACUGAAUUUCAGGGUACCAGUGAAGAGAUCAGACUGAACAUUGCCAGUGCAGACCUGGCUCUGCUGCGAGGGGACGUGGAUCAGGCACUGGCCCUGCUGCGUGCCAUUGGGCCUGAGCAGCACUACUAUCUCCAGGCUAGGGAUAAGAUGGCCUCAAUUUACCUGAAUCACCUUAAGGACAAGCGCAUGUUUGCUUCAUGUUAUAGAGAAGUAAUAGAAAAGAACCCCACACCGCAGAGCUUCCUCAUGUUGGGGGACGCCUACAUGUCCAUUCAGGAACCAGACCGAGCCAUUGAGGUGUAUGAGCAGGCCCUGAAGCGCAACCCUCGGGACUCCGUGCUGGCGUGCCGCAUGGGCGUAGCACUAGUCAGGACUCAUCAGUACGGGAAGGCUAUCAAUUACUACAAGGAGGCUAUAAAGACAGGCAGCAGCAACCAGUUAAGGUAUGACAUGGCAGAACUACAGAUGCGCCUGAAACAAUACGACAAAGCUGAGAAAACCAUCACCCAGGCUCUGGAGGUAGAAAGCCAUAAUCCCAUUGAUCUAAAUUCUAUGUUGAGUCAAGCAAAUCUGUUGAAUCUGCUUGCCAAGGUACAUGAGCGAAAUGGAAACUUUGAGCAGGCACUGUCAGUCCUGAGUAAAGGCAAGGAGGUUCAGGUGCGAGUGUUGAAACGAGCACAGGUGGAACUGCCAGACACAGUACCUGAGCAGAGGCGCCUGGCAGGGAGCAUGUGUGGAAAGAUGGCUGAACAUGCUGCCAACCAGCGGGACUUUGAGCGUGCCAUCAAGCUGUACAAGGAGGCCCUCCAGCAUGACCCAGAAGACGCACCCACCCUGCUUGCUCUCGCUAAACUAUACAUGCAGACCAACGAUCUUGACCAGUGCCAGUACACAUGCAUGACCCUGUUGAGGACAGACAAGGAGAAUGACAGUGCCACCCUCAUGAUGGCUGACCUCUCCUACCGUAGGAAUGAAUAUGACACUGCAAUGUUCCACUUCCAGCAGCUCCUGGAUCGCAGGCCAGCCUAUUUCCCAGCCUUGGCCAGACUAGUGGAGGUUAUGAGGCGAACUGGCACCCUGGAUGAGGCUGGGCCAUACCUGGACCGUGCCGAGCAAGCCGUCCUGAGGCAUAACAUUGAUCCCGGCUACAACUUCUGUCGGGGACUGUAUGACUGGUAUCUUGGGAACCCAAAUUCUGCUCUUAAGUAUUUCAACAAGGCCAGAAAGGAUCAGGAAUGGGGUCAGCGAGCCAUAUACAACAUGAUUGAGAUCUGCCUGAACCCAGACAAUGAAACAAUUGGAGGAGAGACAUUUGAGUCCGUGGACAGUGAGGUGAAUCAGUCUGGUGCGCGGGACACUGUGGACAUGGCCAUUAGGACAGCUGACAAAUUAUUAAAGGAACUUCACCCAAAGCCAGGGGAGCAGAUGAUCAGCCACCAGGUUCUCAGUAACUUCCUGCUACUGGCCACCAAACAGAAGUCUAGUGCUGAACAGGCCCUGCAGGAGUUCAUGAAUGUUGCCAGCCAGGAUAGCUACAAAGAUCAUGUUGGGGCCAUCCUGGGUAUGGCCACGGCAUACAUGAUCCUCAAACAGACCCCUCGAGCCCGCAACCAGCUGAAACGUCUUGCCAAGGCCGUGUGGAACUUUGAGGAUGCCGAAUACUUAGAGAGGUGUUGGCUACUGCUGUCUGACAUUUAUGUUCAAACUGGGAAAUAUGAUAUGGCAACAGAAUUAUUAAAGCGAGUUCUACAACACAAUAGGUCAUGUAUGAAGGCUUAUGAGUACAUGGGCUUCAUUAUGGAGAAGGAACAAAGCUACCGUGAUGCUGCUUUCAAUUAUGAACAAGCUUGGAAGUUCAGCAGCAACACGAACCCAAUGAUAGGAUACAAGCUUGCCUUUAAUUACAUGAAGGCUAGGAGGUUUGUGGAUGCCAUUGAUGUUUGUCACUCUGUCUUGGCAAAGCAUCCAGAGUACCCCAGGAUCAGGAAGGACAUACUAGACAAGUCCCGAGCAAGCAUUCGUAUCUGAGCACCCACUCUGAGACAGACACACUGCACUACACCAUAUAAUAUGAGCAUCUGCAUACACGCUGCUCAUAUAUGGAAUCUUAGUUGUGACCAGUGUGAGUUACCUGUGUCUGCAGUGCUAAAAGCACUGCAGACACAGGUAACUCACACUGCUAAAAACUUCUUUUUUUUUUAUGAUAGGGAAGGUAUGCAAGGAUGAGUUGCAAGUACAGAAGGGAAAACUCUUGACUUGGCCAUUGCCUUGACAUUGUCUUGCACCAUGACUGUUAUACUGACUGAUAUGUAUUCACUGUUUCAAGCUGAGCAAAAUGGCUUUAGCUGCACCACAGUACUAGUCAUAAUUAACACUAUAAUACAAGUCAUUUGUUCUAGUCAGAAUAUCAUAUUUAUAAUGCAUUUUAUUCAUAUUUAAUAAGUGUAAACUGGGUAAGUAAAACCUCUGGCACCAAAGAAUGCA